GAUGCAUUUUCUACGAAAAAGAAGUUUGAUAAACGUAAGCGUGAAAUAUACGUAUCUGUUAUUCAUAUGUUCUGGUAAUACCAGUUUGCUACUGACCAUAAUAUAGUACGCAAAAUACUCGCAAAAAUGAUGAAGUUUAAAGUAUUUUUGCUUUUACUUUUUUUUGCAUUCUUCAUAAUUGGUGACAGUGCCAAAAUAUCGGGCAGGGGAAGAGUUAGUAGUGGUGGUGGUGCUAGAAGGGGUGGUUACAGUAGGACAUCAUCUAGUGGAUCAUAUAGUGCAUCAUCUGGAACAUCAUAUGGAAGUGUAUCACACGGAACAUCACACGGAACACCACACGGGGGAACAUCACGUGGAGGGAUCUCACCUGGAACAUCAUAUGGAGGGAUAUCACAUGGAACAUCCCAUGGAACGCCGCAUGUAGGAACAUCAUCUUCAGUACCACAUUCAUCUGGAAAAAUAACACCUCAACAAAGCAAAGAUUUCUUGAUUGCUGAAGGUGGAGGUGCUACGCGGCCAGUUGAAACAAAACCUUCUCAACCAUCGCAUGGAAACUUAUACCCACCUUCUCCAUCAAGUGGUUACGGUCAUGUACCAAAUAUGAAGCCAGGGCUUGUAACUGAAAGCAGACAAACUUCAUCUAUUCACCCUUCUGCACCUCAAGAUCAGGUCAUGAAAUCUGCAGGCACACUACAAACUCAAGGCCAUCCAACAAGUGCAGCAAAUCCUCCUUGGAGUAAUCCUUACUUACAUGAUAAUAAACCAAGUAUAUCAGGUCAAAUACACCCUUCGCCUAAUUAUAAUCCAGGUGUUAACAAACCAACUAUACCAGCUGCUCAACCACCUCCAAUUGGAUUUAAAGAUCAUGUUUAUCCACAGAGUUCUCCAACGUCUGGUAAUUCUCAAGUUGGUCAUCCUCCUUAUCCUAUCGGACAUCCUCCUUAUCCCACUGGAGGACAUUCUUCUUAUCCUAGUGGACACCCUCCUUACCCUAGUGCACACCCUCCUUACCCUAGUGCACACCCACCUUAUUCUGGUGGAAGUGCUCCUUAUCCUUAUCCUUCUCAUUCAUCAGGUACUUUUCAGACACCACCUUCCUCCUCUUUUCCAAUCCAUCCAUCAAACUCAGUGCCGAUGGGAAAUCCUUACUCGAUGCAUUCUCCUGGACAAACUUACUAUCCGCAACAACCCCAUGUUUUUGCACAACCAGCAUCGCAGCCAUUUGUACCUGGUCAGACUAUUUUAAUGAUGCCAGGACAGCAAGAUUCCGGUCGAGGUUUUGGUCAGAUGGUUAAGGAAGCACUUGUGUUUUCAACUAUCAAUGCAGGAGUAAACAGAUUGAUCAAUCCUCAUACCCAUAAUUAUGUUGAAAGCAGACCAGAUACUGGUUCACCAGCUACAACUCAUGUUACUUACAACAACCAGUACUUUAAUACACCACCUGGGGUUAAUGGAGCAACGAGUCCAAUAAAUGUACCGCCAGAAAGUGUUCCUAAUAGCAAUCCAUAUCCAAGUGGGACAUUUACUCCAAAUGUAGGAGCUAGUAAUGGUCCAAGUGGCAUAAUUAAUCCAAAUGUAGGAGCUAGUAAUAGUCCAAGUGGCACAAUUAAUCCAAAUGUAGGAACUAGCAAUGGUCCUACGUUAGGAAACGUGAAUACAUACAUUCCAAAUAUUGCUAACAGUGGAGUACCGAGUUCAAGUGGAACUAACGGUGGAGUUGGUGGAAUCGUAAAUAAUACCGCAACUGGAUCUAAUACGCCAAAUAAUCAAAGCAAUUCAUUUGGAAAUUCCAACGGCGUUGAUAACACAUUCUUUUACAGAAUUUCUGAUAAAGAAUUGUAUCAUAUAACAGAAGAACUUUUUGCAAAAAAUUCAUUAAACAUAUCCAAGUACAUAAAAUUAAAUCUUCAGAAUCGUGUUAGCUCUUCUAAUUCUUCUAAUAUAACUGAUCAAGCCUUCGAACGAUUAUUCUAUGUAGAACCGGAGUUGUUUGAGCAUCCAACGAUCUACCUAACAAGGUCCUUGUACGACAGUUAUCAGCAUGAUUAUCUCAAAAAGCUAAACCGUACUAUUCAGACGCGGAAACAGGAAAACCUAUUGAUCGAUACAUUCCUAAAUACGAACGUAAUGUCAACGGCAAUGGAUUGGUUGGCUGAUUACGGCUUUAUCGACCCCGACGACUUCGAAAGGAAAGACGUACUUCGUCGAAUAUGGUUCACUAUGUUUAGCGGAAGUACCUGUGGAUUCGAACGCGUGUUCGCCUCGGAAAAUUAUGGCACAUCGAUCAUUGGUGCGCAGGAUUGGCUGUAUUUUGAAAAUCAAGAAUCCUUGGGACGUAUAGAUUACAUGGGUUACUUAGAUAAAUUAGAUCUCGGAAAUACCUCUUCACUAUUGAAAUUAAACUUUCAAAUGGAUGGAAUCAUCAGACCAAACGCAACAAUAUUUGUGGGUACUUUGCCCGAGUUAGAGAUGUCUUUGUAUACUAUCUGCUUUUAUGCUAGAUCAAAUAAUAUUUGCCCGGUUUCGCUGGGCGGGACCAAGUUUAAUAUUUAUACACACUCGUUUAUGUAUUUUGGAAAUGAAGUUAUAGACCUUGGUCUUCCAAUGUUCUAGUAUACAAGAUAUGUAACAUAACUGUAGUAUAUAAUUAUGGGUAGAAUUUAGUGUAUCAUAUGUUUUUCUGUACGAUGAUUACCGUUGACAAUAAUAAACAUUAUUAAUCAAUUA